GUGAGACGGUUGAGGGCUAGCCGGUGCCGCCUUUGGGCCCUCGGCCAUGUGUUUUUUAGAGUGUUGGCAUCGAUGACGCAGGUGCGGUCCGGAGUGAGGAGCUCGCGGAAGUCGCUGGUGGAGCAUGGCGCGGGUGACGGCGCCCAGCCUGCCUCCAUCGUUCAGGGCCUGGACGAGAGCCUUGCCGGCGCGGCGGGCAUACAGCUCGCGGAUGCUGCCUACGCCCAGGCCAAGGGCGUUGGGAGUCGAGGCUGGUGACGUCAUGUGUGCUGUACGGCAUGAACGGGAGGCUGUAGGCCACUGCUGGGUGGAUGGUAAAUUGUAUCAUUCGGAGCUUUUGGUCUGGUGUGGCAAGUGAUGUGGCGAUGCGUUGCCCUCGCUUCUUAAUCUUUUCCCGGAUGUACUGUACUUGUGCGCUCCAGUCUAGGGUAGGGGUGAUGUGGAUGCCGAGGUAUUUGUAGGAUUCAUGCGGGGGCUUGUAUGGGAUAGCGGUGCCGUCUAUGCGGAUUUGGCCUUCUAGCAUCCGGGCGAGCGCUGCCUGGUGGGGCUUGCUGCGGGGGCCGCCAAGGGUGGGGUCGGCGCGCGCGCGGCCGUGGAGUAUGCCUUGUAGUUGGCAUUUGGAGACGUUGACCUUCAAACCGCCCCAUGCUGCGUAUUUCUCAAUUUUUUCAACUUGGAUUCGUAGAUUUGAGAUUUGGGUUGUGGCUGUGACCAGGUCAUCAGCGAAGGCGCCGGAGCUGAGGUUAUGCUUGUCGUUUUCGGCUUUGGUGAGGCAUCCGUAUUGGUACCCGCGCCCGCCAACGUGUAGCCACCGGAGCAGCGGUUCAAUAAAGAUGAUGAACAGUAGGGGUGAUAGGACGUCACCCUGCACUGUGCCUCGUUGGAUGGGGAUGGGGGGCGUGGUGCCGUGCUCAGUGCGGACGCUGGUGGCUGCCUUGCCGUAGAGGUCCCGUACCACCUCAAUCAGGUCGGUGGGGUAGCCUAGAUCGCGCAUGACGAUGAGCAGUUUGUCAUGGUCGAUCGUGUUAAAUGCGGAGGUGAAGUCAAUGUACAGUAGGAAGAGGUCGCGUCCGGUGGUGGCGGCGUCCUCUAUUGCGUGGAGCAGGUGUUGGACUUGCCGUUCGGUAUUGCGGCCUCUGAGAAAUCCUUCUUGUGACUCCGUGAAAAUGUGGGCUUGUUCGCUAAACAGGGCGGCGUUUACGGUGAUGAGAGAGGUGUACAGCUUGUAGAGGGUGUUGGCCAGCGCGAUAGGCCGCUUAUUCUGUAUCAGCAGGGGGUCUCCCUUCUUGGGUAGGAGGACGGUGUCGGACUGUGUCCAGUGUGUAGGGAUGUGCGCUUUCACCCACAUGAGGGUCAUGAGUUGGUGGAUGGCUGUCUGCAGGUUGGUUGGUAUUGUCUGGAGGAGUUCGUUGGGUAUUCCAUCGGGCCCCGGGGCCUUGCGGCGGGACAGGUGGUUGACGCAGCCAAAGAACGUUGUGCUGUCGGCUAUGCCGGGCAGUAGGGUGGCGGGUGCGUCGGUUGGCUUGGAUAGGGCCGGCAUACGAUCAGGUGCGUCGGGCCGGCUCCAGGGGUACUGUUUCUCGCUGUGGGGUAUGUCGUAGUGUCCUGUGCGGGGGCCAUUGAUUGGGAGGAGUUGAGCGGUGAAGUGCUGGUGGAUGCUGCUCAGGAUUUUCUCGGGUGCGGUGUGGACUUCUUUGGUGGUGGGGUCAGUGAGGGCGGGCGUGCCGCGUGGCUGGUCCGUUUCAUCGAAGAUCUUCUGGUGUGCGCGUUUUGGCUGUGUUGCAACCAGUCGUCGGAAGGCGCGGGCUGCCCGUUUGGUGUUGAGUUUCCUUGCUUCCUUUUUUGCGGCACGGAGGAGGGUGCGUGCGUUGAGUAGUUGACUCCGGAUGGCGGUGGGUGUGUCGGCUUCUGCGGGGGUCGGCGGGGUAGGUGUGGGGCUGGUGGUGUUGGGUGGGGGCGUCGGGGCGGGGUGAGGUGAGGUGGUGGGUGGGGUGGCGCCCGCUGCGUUUGUGGCAGUAAGGGCGGCUGUGAGUCGUUCUUUCAGCUUGCUGGUGGCAGUCAGGAGGCGCGUCACUGUUUUUGACGUGUGGUGUCGUGGGCUUGUAGUGCUGGCGCGCGGCGGUUUUUUGUCGCAGUAGGUUUUGAGAACGUCCAGGCACUUUUGGAGGAUGGUUUCGAGUGUGUUGCUGAUGGACGUGGUGUCGGCAGCACUAACUUCGGGAAGGGCGCGGAACUCCGCAGGGCUUGGGGUGUUCCGUUCGGCUUGGGCAGGGGUGAGGCCGGCAGGGUAUAGCUUAUUG